CGUUGCAACCGUCGUCGAGAGUCGUCGUCUCGCUGGAACAGUGUCGAGUGUGUGUUAAGGGGAAACUGGACUGUGUGUUGUGGUGGUUGAAUUUGACGUUUUGGACACUUUUUGGACUAUUUCGCUGCCGUGUUUUCGGUUUUAAUUUGUGUGAGGAAGAACAAUUUGAAGAAAAUAUUAAAAAUUUGAAGAAACAUUACGAACUUUUGCUGCAAAACUUUUUCCGAGUAAUUUUUGUGUGUUUUUUUUGUGCUUUGAGAGUGUUGUGUUGAAAAUUUCGUCGUGAGAAAGUUUUAGCAAAAUCAGCGGAAAAGUAUCGCCGUGAGCCGCGUUUGUGAAGAUCGCCAUAAAUCGAAACCACUUUGGUCCGUUUUACCCUGUCGAAAAACGAAGAAAAAAAACCUUCAAUUAAAUAAAACUGAACCAAAGUGAGUGAGUUUAGCCGAUUCCACCGCUGCAGCAGAGAAGAUCUACGAAGAAGAAGAAAACGAAGCAAAUUCAAAUCCAGAUCCAUAAAACUGCGCAAACCGGGUGAGUGAGUGAGAUGUUUGCCGAGGGGAAGUGCAGAACCAUUCAGUGCAAAAAGGAUAGCCCGCAGAAAGUUUGUUAUUAAAGUUUUUUGCGAUUUGGCCGGGGCAAUAAUUUUCGACUUGAUUUUGGUGUGUUUUUUUGCUUAAAUUUUCGCGUUUUUUUAUAUCAUUACUUGAAGUGAUUAAAAUUAAUCGUCUUACAUUUCGCCAAAUCGGAACAGAAUUUCACAUUUGCGUGCGUAAAUCGGUGAAAAAAGAAAUAAGUUAUAAAAACUGAAAUCAGUGCCAAACCAAGUGCAGAGGAAGAAACUAAAGAUACAAAAUCAACCGAAAUUAAAAAAAGUGGUUCCAGAUCCAGGAAAAAGUUGUCCCAAAACAGAAAAAUAACCGAUUAUAAUAAUAGUAAUUCAGCAAAAAGGAAAAAUAAAACUCACCAAAAUAAACCAACAUCAAGAAGAAGAAGAAGGAAAAGAGUCACAAAAGUGCGGAAUUUUUCGGAACGUGUGUGUAAAUGUGUGUGAGUUGAUGUUGUUUUGCGUUUAUAUUUUGGACAGUGGUGAUUUUUGUCUGGCUGGAAACGAGUUUUGAUCGUCGUUGUCUGUCUUUGGGCCUGUUUGGAACGUGUCAAGUUUUUUUUGUGCGUCUUCUGUGUCCAGACUCGAAGGUGGAUUUUUGAUAGUUUUUUUUUUUUCGUUUGGAGAGGAGAAAGAGCCAGUCGUAAAAGUCGUCACAGGUCGUUUCGGCCUCCCCAAAUGGAUUAACGACAACAACGUUACGGCGACCCUGUUGAGUUUACCACUUCUGGCGCCGGCAGCAGCGGAUUCGAGAGGGACCUCGCGAAGCACCAGCUCAUUAACGAUGAACCCGCCGCGACGGUGCUGCUUUGGCGGACUUUCUGCGCGCAAACCGGACCAACAGUGGACACAAAAGUAAGACCCACGCGAAUUGCCACCGUCAGACCACAGGAGAGGACGCCAAGCAGCCAGGUGGUCGUUCAGGUGUGACAAACGUCUAAUUUAAUCCCGAGUUCCGCACUGGACGUUGGACGCCGGAACAGUCGCGGUGAGGGUCCGGUUGUAAAAAGGGGGUUCUUCUUUUUUAAUGAACCGUGUUACCUCCAACGUCGUGGUCAGCAGCGCUUCCAGCAGUAAUCGCGACCGGCCAAAGUGACCCAUCUUCCAGCAGCAACAGAAACCCCCGAAAAGAUAAGUUAUGGUAGGACGACUUUACCCAAACUAGAAGCAAGCUCCAAUUGCAGUAACUUCCCCGUUCCGUCAAGAUGAACGGAUUGUCCACGCUGAAUCGGCUGCUCGGCAAACGGAACAAAGAUGUUUCCAAGUCGACAUCGAACCUCAGCCGGUCCACGACCAACCUGGACACCUCUAGUCAGUACAACAAGAUCGUGCCGCUGGCCGCCAUGACGAACGCACCGUUCGAGCAGACGUUCCGUAUCACGGUGCUGCUGCCCCGCGACCAGCUGUACGUGGCCCGUAUCGGGGCCAAAACGCGACUUGCCGCGCUCAUGGACAUGAUUUGCAUCGACAAGCAGCUGGACGCCCAGAAGUACCUCUUCCGGCAUCCGUCCGACUUUCACCAGGGCUUCGAGCUGGACCUGACCAUCGGAGAGGUCGGUCUCAACGAGAUCCGGCUAGUGUCCAAGAAAGAGCUGGAAAACCUGCAGAACAAUGAGUACCGACUCAGUACGAGCGACAUCUUCCGGUUGCACCAGAAGAACAUCCGCGAGAGCUCAGUGUCCUCGUCGGACCUCAGCAGAACCUCCCGGGUAGCGCUCAAAACCACUAGUCCCUACAGUUCAACCAACUCGCUCAACUCCAUGGACUCGUCCGGACUGAGCUCAAGCUCGCGAGGUGGCGUCAACGGCAACCAGCACCACCCGCCAGUUGCCCCAAUGCGCAAGAAACGGGUCGCACCACGACCUCCCAGCCAAAACUCAAUCCCCGAGAAAGGCCCACUGGAGACGCCAAAAGCCGACCCCAUCUUCAAGGAACCCCAACUUCCGCCCUACUCCAAAAAGAACUUCCACGUGUCAUCGCCCAACCUGUUCAGCCGCGACCUGAAACCAGUCGACGUCGCAAACAACAACAACAACGAGUACAACGGAACCCCCGACAGCAACGGCAACGGCCACCACGUGGAAACCGUCGAGGAGAUGCACAACAUCAUCAACACCAAAACGUCCUACAGCACGCUCAAGAACCGACCCACGUCGAUGUACAUCAUCCGGGAACCGCCGGAGAACGGAAACGGCGACCUAACCAACCCCGACGUCGGAGGCGGCAGCAUGCUGGACAUCGUCAACCACUCCCGCACCUCGUCCAACUCGUCCGACGUCAAAGAUCCCCGCGACUUCCAGGAAGGUCCGCCUGAACCUCAGCAACGACCCAUCACUCCCUCCCGGAAGCGGCUCGAUUCGAACGCGAAAAAGGCCAAACCUCCGGCGCCGGCUCCACCACCGCGGGGCGUGUCCCUUGGGACGUUGAAGGCGCAGCCGGCAGCGGUGGCGACGCCAGAGCCGAAGAUCGUGCCAACGCCUUCGCCGAGGGCACCCGCAAGGGCGGCCGCGGCCGCCGAAGAGCUGCGGGACAACGAAACCAUCAUCUCGGAGACGGACUCCAACUUUAGCGAGGGCGAUGAGUUGCAGAGAAAUAGAGAAACUGUAAGUAAGCUGAACGCGGUCAACAGCACGCACCAACCGGCGACCCCCACCACCACCCCGGUGAACGUGUCCAAAGUGAUGCUCAACGUGGACCAGAGCUCCGGACCGUCAUCGCUAUCGCCGGAAGUGGACCGCAAGCCACCACCAACCAACGGCGCAUCCUCCGUAUCGAUCAAGAUCGUAAAGGAGGAGCAACCGACGACCAACGGCCACCACGAGCCGUCCAAACCGGCGACACCGAUCCAGGUGUCCAAGGUUCACAUCGUUCCGUCCGAGCAGGACGUCUCGGUAGAUGAAAGUGAGGAAUCGAUCGAAAGGAGACUCUCGAAUGGCAACAGUUCCGACGAGGACAUCAAAAUCUACAACAUCGAGUCGGGCAAGGAGUUGCGCAUUCCGGAGAAGAAGGACCAAACGGUGCGGUCGCCCAGCCCGGAGGAGGAGGAACAGUGGACUUACACGUUGCCGGCGCCGCCCAAGUUCGCCGACUCUUCGAUCAAGUCCGGCGAGUACGACGAGAAGCAGCGCUACUUUGAGCUGCAGUCGACCUUCGUGGACAACACCACGUUCGUGACGGAUCGCGUCACGGUCCACUCGGACGAAACGGAGCAGAUCCGGCCGAUCAUCCGCGAGAAGGUACUGCUGGACGAGAGCCUGGGGGAGGUUGACACGGUGAAGUGUCCCUCGCCGACGGAUACUCUGGGGGAGAGUGAGGUUGGCAGUAGCGGAAGCAGCCCCGGUGAAGUGCUGAUCAAUUCCGACCUGGAGGAUGGGUACCGCGGGGGGAGUGAACUGCGCGAGUCGAUGAUCCAGACGCUGGAGAAGCGGCGCGAAAAGCUGAAGGAAAGCGAACUGCAAGAGCUGAAGGAGUCGAUCGAGGGGGGCGUGAAGCAGGAUGAGCCGGAAGUGCCCAACGAGAGUGAUAUUAUGAAGUGUGCCAAAUUGAACGAGGAAACGGUCGUGGACGACUACACGGUGGUCGUGAGGAGGAGCAGUGGCAGCAGCGUCACGCGGUCGCAGUCGGUUAUCGAGACGGGUAGGAAGCAUAGUGAUGGAGAGAAUCCGGUGGUUCAGAAAAGCGACGUGAUUAAGGAGUUGGCGCAGGUCAUCACGGAAGAGAAUGGGCUGAAGAGUGUGCUGAAUGGGAAGAAAGGUGGCGAGGAGGAAGAGGAGAUUGCCGGUGCCAAUCAGAACAGCAACUUUAAGAUAUCGACGUACAACGGGCUGCACAAGGACAGCUUGGUUGUGGCUCCGGUUGAGGAGAAGCCCGUUUCAGCGCCAGCGUCGCAAAAGUCCGACAGCGAGGAGGAGAACGUGAUCGUGCGGCGCAAAAUCUCGGCCGAUUCGAUUCUCCGCAGCAAGCUGAGCAGCGACGAGGACGAAGCCAAGACCUCGUACCAAAGCAGCGCCAAGAAGGAGGCCGGCGGUCCGGUCAAGCGCCGCAGUCUGACCGUGCUGAACAAAUCUCCCAAGAACAUCAACCGCAGCGAUUCGUUCCACUCGACGCGGUCCGACUACAUCCAGUCGCUGGCCAGCAACGGGUUACGGUUGACGCCGCGCAGUACGUCGUACAUUUCGCUGAUUGGGGCGCAAAAGUUCGAGAAUCGCUUCGCGCAGAGCAACCGCAGGAAGUCGACGAGCGAGAUGAGCAUUUGCGACUCGCCGUCGCUGCAGAGUCUGCAGGUGAUCAAGAACAUCCUGAACACGUCGAGGAGUAAUUUGGCCGCGGCAGCGCACGGGGAUAAGAAGGAGGGAGGGGAGGAGGAGCAGCAGCAGGAGCUGCUGCCGAUGGCGGCCAUCAAGCGGAAUAGUUUUACGGAUAUCUCCACGUUGGUGCAGUUCAAGAGUGAGGUGGUGAGGAGUGGGUUGACUAGACGAGAGAGUUUGGUGGAAAGGAAGAUUGAGGAGGUUGAGACGGUGAAGAGUGUGGACGAGGAGGACGAUUUGAAGAAGGAGGUUGAGAAGCUGGACGAUCUGGUAAGUACGAAGAUAUCCGAAAAGUUGGAACCAUUGUUUGAUGUUUCUAAUGAAUCCAAGAGUGAUGAUGAAAAGCUUCAGAAUAAGCAGUUGACGGCCACUGUUACGAAGCAGGCGCAAACUACGGUGGUGAACAUCACCACGACCAGUACGACCGUAGCGCACAGUGGGGUGACUGUGAACGGUGGUCAAAAUGGUGCGAUAAACGAACAAAAGUGGAAGUACCAAGGUCCUCCGACCAUAAACCUGACCACGUGGAGUGAACGUCCCAAAAUUGAUGUGUCCAUUAAAUCUGACCGGGAUUACCGGUUCGGGGGUAGCUCGACGCUUCCCAGAGGUUACCGUAAUGUUAAUAACACUACCAAAAUUAAUAUAAACGCGCCAUCGGCGCCAGCUAGCGAGAAGGACGACGGUUACGACUGUCCUGAUUCACGCGAACAAGUGCCAUUAAACAGCGGUGAAGCGCAGGCUUUCUCGCUACCUCAGGAGGUAAACCGACCGGAACCGGUUUCGAUCACCAGCAUCACCACCACCGACCGACUUCCCAUCGUCCGGGCCGUGGAGUACAAGAAGAACAUCGUCCCACCCCCGGUCGUAGCUCAAAAACCGGAAAAGUCCUACUUUUACGAAACCUUUUCGCGAACGGCAGCUCCACAACCGUCCGGAACCGCCACCAUCAACCGGCUAAGCCUGGGCUACCAAAAGUUCCAACCGGUCGUGCGAGGCUUCAAGUCGAUGGACGAGAAAGACCUCGCACCCCGCCAACGACCCGUCUCUAUGAUCGAGUCCACCAACAUCUCCACCGCCAUCCUGCGCAGCACCCCGGCCCGCGCAGAGAAACCACCCGCGCCGGAAGUGUCCACGAGUCUACCGUUCGGACAAAACACCCUACGUAGAACCGGCCUCAAGGACAAAAUCCUUGCUCAAAACGCGGCGGAGCCGCCGAAAGCAAUCCCAUCGGAGCCGGUAAUCGUGCCCCUGAAGGCCACCCCGGUUGCCGCGGUCGUGCCUCCGCCACCUCCGCCCAAGAUGACCACUCCGGUGGUGCGGGCUGCCAUCGUCAAGAGGCCACUGCCGCCACCGGCCCAGGCCGAUCCGCGGUCGGCCCUCCUGGACGCGAUUCGCGGCUUCAACAAGGACAAGCUGCGCAAGGAAGCCACGGAGGAGUAGUCGUUGUUAUUUAUUUAUAUCUACUCUGAUUUUGUUUACCCUACCCUCCCUUUUGCUGUUUCUUCAGCUUGUUUUAUUUUAACAUUAUCGUUUUAUUAUUGUUUUGUUUUAUGAUUAAUAAAAAAAAAUAUUGAAAAUACUGGGUAAUGAAAAUAUGGCUCACUAAGCCCAAUUUUCCAUAGUUCAAGCACGAACAAACAGACGUAAAUCAUUUAACAGUUUCAUACAACUGUCAAACGCGUGACAACGAGCUGUGGUGAAUUCAGAUUUGCCGUGGUGAGUUUCCAGAUCACUCAAAAUGGCCGUUAAUUUGUUGAUUGAUUGGUUUUAAAAGAAAUUUACGUCUUUCUGUCUGCUGAUAAAAUACGAUGCGUCUCCAUCAAAUAGCAGUGGAAACGCAUAGUACUUCAAACCAUAUUUUCACGACCCCAUUUGUGAGCAAAACCCUUAAAUGUACAGUUGACGCGCACGCACGUUAUUAAUAUGGGACCAAAGGUUAACGGUGUUUUACAUGGAGCAAUUUUAACGAAGUGAACGUGAAAAGGGAAAAAAAUCCCUGUCAAGCACAACACGCAACUUGUUUUACUUACUACCAACUAAACUAGUAGUAAUCGUACUCUGUCUAACAGAAAAAAAAGUGUUAAUUCAAGACUAAACAAAGCAAGAUAAUUGAGAAUCAACUGCACACAGCACAGACACACAUAAAAGAACACACACACAUGCGAUACAACACUCGGGUAUUAAUGGUUAAUUCGUCAACACAUUCCACUGGUCCAGAUUUGGCUGCCA